AUGACAAAGAGCCUUAAGGUUGCUGUCGUCGGGGCCACUGGAACGACCGGCUCAGCUAUCAUUGCUGGGCUACUCAAUUCCGGUGAGACCGAAUUUACUGUAACCGCCUUGGCUCGUCCCUUAUCCGUCGACAAGCCCGCUUAUGAGGCAUUAAAACGCCGCGGCGUAACUGUCGUUCCAAUUGAUAUUAAGGGACCUAAGGACGACCUUGUGAAAGUCCUUUCUGGAGUUGAUGUCGUGGUGUCGGCUAUUGUUUUCACCGAACUGGAUGCCGAGAUACCAUUGGCAGACGCAGCGAAGGCUGCUGGGGUGAAACGCUUCCUUCAAUCAGCGCUUAUGUGUGUCAUUCCUCCCAAGGGCGUUGUUGAUUUCCGUGAACAGAAAGAAGAUAUCUUGAAUCACAUCCAGAAGAUUUGUCUUCCCUACACGUAUCUUGAUGCUGGAUGGUGGUAUGACAUUGCGAUCCCUCAGCCACCGUCUCAAAGCGGUGAAACCCCCUCAGCAACUUUCUUGCAGGGGAAGCUCGGUGCAGAUGGCAACGUCCCCGUUGCUGUUGCAGAGAUUACAGAUAUUGGCCGAUAUGUUGCCAAGGUGAUUGCAGACCCUCGGACCCUUAAUAAGCGAGUGUUUGUCUAUAAUGAGACAUAUACCCAAAAUCAGCUAUACGAUUUAGUUGAGAAGUUGACGGGCACAAAGAUACCGAGGUCUUAUGUCUCGAAGGAGCAAGUUGAGAGACUCAUCGACGAGGCGAGAGUAGCUAUUGCAUCAAACCCUUCUAGCUUUGAAGCACUUGGUAGCCUGGUGUUGAAUCAGCUUUUCUACUCUGUCACUAUCCGCGGUGAUAACACGCCCGACAAUGCCAAGUAUCUGGGAUAUUUGGACGGUAAAGAGCUUUAUCCCGACUUCAAGUUUACUGCGGUGGAGGACUAUAUCAAGGCCCGCUUUCACACCUCCUCCUGA